AUGCGAGCAGAAGAGGCUGCGUGGUUUGUGGUAGUGUCUGCGCUGUGGGGCAUGACCAAUCCGCUGCUCAAAGCCGGCUCCAAGGGAGUCGAAGAUGUGGCGCCGUACGGGUGGGCUGGUCCGCUCGGUGGCUGGCUGGCGCAGACGGUGUUUCUCCUCACCCGAUGGCAGUACGUGGUCCCGUUUGCGGCCAACCAGGGCGCGUCAGCGCUGUUUCUCUACUCGCUAGGCGCAGCACCACUCUCGGUUGCUGUUCCGCUCACCAAUGCCCUCACGUUUGCCUUUACCGCCGCCACGGGAUGGGUGCUGGGAGAGAAGAUCAGCGACACGCCGAUGCUGACGGCGGUCGGCAUGGCGAUGGUGUGCGCAGGCAUUGCGGUGAGCAUCACAGCGUGA